AUGUCUCUUGACCUGGCCCGCUGCGAGGGCAAUUGGGCCGCCGUCCCCGAGCUCGUUCGCAAAGUCCGGAAGCAUGCCCCUGAGAGAGCCUGCCUCACCCUGACUGCCGAGCUCGAAUGCGCCGUAUCGAACGCCACCAACGCCGCCGGAAAGUCGGGCCAUGCCGCCGCCGCCGCCGCCGCCGCCGCCCCCGAUGCCGCCGACCUCGAUGUCGCCGGCAAGGCCCCCCAACUACUCCAGGCCAUAGAAAAGGAGGACCGCUAUCCCGAGGACCGAUUUCAGGCUCAGGUCUGCGUCGGAUGGAUGCACUGGGUCGUCGCCGAGCAUGCGCUGGCCCUCACACACCUCCCGGUCGGCCUCGACCUGGGAGAUAGCCAGGCGGAUGCCCACGAGUCUGUAUCUGAGUGGACCACCGUCUGCGCCCUCAAGUCGGUCUACCUCAGGGCCAACUGCUUGAACCGCAGGUACGAGAGGAAGGAGGCCCUCCUGGCCUUCCGGUCCGGGCUCCAGUCGCUCGCGCGCGUCUGGUCGGGCCGCUCCAUGCACAAGCAGCUCGCUUAUUGGGCCGAGCUCUAUCUCACAGAGUACUGCAUGCUCACCAGCCAGGCCCUCAAGGAGAACGACGCCCCCCUCGACGACAGCAAUUCCAUCGCCAGCUUCCGAUCCUGGGCCAAAUUCUGGGACGUCACUUCGCCCCCCGCCAACGGCGGCUUCGGCUUCAAGGGCUCCGUUCCCCGACGCCGGGUCUGGAACGAGUACUACGUCACCUUGUCGCGCAUCCUGGAGGAGGACCUGCCCUUCCCUACUGGCUACCUGAGCAGGAUCCCCAACGACGCCUCGGCUCGUGCCCAGCUGCGCGCUGAGCUCAAGAACGUCGAGGCCAUCUACCAUGGGCUGCUCAUCAAGGAGACCAGCUUCCCCCGCGCCGAAGAAGAGCGGGAAGAGGUCGAGGCCUUUGUCGCGCUAGCCGUCCAGAACUGGACCGUCCUGUGCGGACGUGGAUGGCGCGAGCACGACCUCGGCCCGGGAGGACGCAACAGCCUGAGCCGUGGCGUCCUGGACAUCCUCUACAACGCCGCCACCAAGACUUUCCAAUCCACCGCUGUUCUCCGGAGCCUGUUCCUGGUCCACCUGUCUGUCGGCGAGUUCGACCAGGCCUUCCGGUCCUUUGAUUCCUAUCUCGAGAUCGUCAAGAAGGGCAAGGCUCGUGUCGACAAGACCGGACAUGCCGAGCUUAGCCUCGACGACGACGCCACCGUCCUGCAGACCAUGGCGCAGGCCAUCAUCGCCCUCUGCCAGUACGGCCCUACCCAAGUUGCCGAGAAGGCCCGCCAGCUGGGAGCCGAGCUCGAGGACUGGCUGGCGAGGCUUCCCCAGCUAAAGUCGGGCGAGAACGGUGCCCCGGCCAUUGCCGAACACGAGGCGACCAACGACCUGCACGCCCCCAUCCCGGCCGAGAUCGUGGCCCUAUCGUGGCAGGCUAUCGGUCUGUCUCACGCCCAGUGGUCGAGGGCGACGCACGAGGCCUCCUCGCGCACAGAGAUCCAGGCCAGGGCCAUCCGCUGUCUGCGCCGAGCUCUGGCGGCCGAGUUUGGACGCGCAAAGGACGUGAGGACCUACUUCACCCUCGGGCUCCUGCUGGCCGAAAGGAGAGAGCUCACGGCUGCCAUCGAGGUCGUCAAGAUGGCCCUCUCGUCCAACAAGGCUACCGAAGCGCAGUACGACCUGCGCCUCGGGUCCUACUGGCUCGAGCGGUCUCUCAUCCCCAUGUGGCACCUUCUCGCCCUGCUGCUCAGCGCCCGACAAGACUACUCGAUGGCUUCGCGGGCGUGCGAGGGUGCGCUGGAGCAGUUCAAGGAUCCUUCCGUCCUGCUCGGGAAGGAGAGGCUGGACUUUCGAAGUGAGCACCUGAACGAGGCCGAGGGCAGCGCCACCCAAGAGCAGCCCAGGGGUCUCAUCGACGAUAUGGCCGACUCGGAGAAGGAGGCCAUCCUGGAGGUCAAGAUGACGCAGCUGUCGCUCGUCGAGCUGCUGGAGGGACCCGAGGUGGCCGUCAACGCUAGCUACGAACUGCUCGCCCUAUUCACCCGUCUCUUUGGCAACCUGGGUGUGGCCUCCCAGCCCAGCUUCGAGCCACCAAAGGCAUCGGAGGCGCCGAAGACGGUGGGGACGCUGCGCAGCCUCAAGGGCAGCAUCCUUCGGCGCGACAAGUCCAGGCCGCCGACGAGGCAGCCCAGCAACGCGACGUUGCGCGACAAGGCCAACGCGCCAGCACGUCCGGCCACGUCGAGGACCAACGACAGCAGCCCGCCAUCCACCCAGGUCACCGCCGGGGAGCGAUCCAGGCAGCCCAGCCGUCGCGAGAGCACGGGCCGUCUGCGCAAGAGCGAGUCCAGCAACAGGAACGGCACGCGUCGGAGGGACACGAGCACCAGCCGGAGGGAUACGAGCACCAGCCGGAGGGAUACGAGCACCAGCCGGAGGGACACGAGCACCAGCCGGAGGGACACGAGCACCAGCCGGCACCGCGGAUCGAGCACAGGCAACGGGCCCCCCGGCCACUCGGACACGGUGAUAGACGGGGAGUCGUUCUACACGCCCAUCGUGGAUACCGAAGGGGAUCAGCAGCAGUCUGACUUCUUCUCAUCUCCGCCGCCCACCACGACGAAGCAGUACCCGCCCACGGCCUUCUCGCGGAGCGCGGUGGCGGCGUCGGCCACGGCUAGGAACCCUGAAUCCUCCGAGUUCUCGGCCGAGGUGCUGCACGCUUCCACUGGCCUCCUGACGCCCGUCCAGUUCUCAAAGGACAAGGAGAGGCUGCAGAAGACGACCAUCCUCAUCCGCGUGUGGCUGAUGAUUGCCGGCUUCUACCGCCGGGCCCACAUGUACAACGACUGCCAGGGGGCCGCGUCCGAGGCCCAGAAGCUGGUGCAGGCCAUCGAGGCCGACUCCAACAAGGAUAAGUCUACGUCCAUCAACACCAAGGAUGACGGCUGGGCCGAGAGGAAGAGCAUUGACAGUCUGUGGGGUGAUGUCUACACCGAGUUCGGUAUGCUUUCCGUAGCCCGAGGCGACGCCCACACCGCGCGCGCAGAAUUCGAGGCCGCCCUCCUCUACUCGCACGACCACCCCGAAGCGACAGUCGGCCUGUCCAACAUCCUCCUAGACGUCUACUCGGAGAAGCUGCUCCCCUCCGCCCCCAUCUUUCCCGUAUCUAGCUCCUCGGAGCACACCCAUGCCCAUGCCCAUGUCCAUGCCCAUUCCCAGAACGAAGAGACCAAGAAGGGAGUCCCGCCGUCCAAGGCCCUGAGCUCCACACCACUCGGUCUCGCCCCGACGACGACGACGACGACGACGACGACGAUAACCCGCACUUCACCCGCAACGGCAGACGAACAGACGACCCCCGAUGUCGUCGACGUCGAUGUCGACGGCGGCGAAGACGAACUCCCAGAGCCGUACAAGGCCACUCGCCUCCCCCUGAUCGACCGUCUCGCCGCCCGCGAACGCGCCUACGCCCUCCUGUCCGGCCUCACCCGCCUGGGCACGGGCUGGAACCACUCAGAGGCCUGGUUCGCACUGUCCCGCGCCUACGAGGAGAGCGGCCAGCCCGACAAGGCAAAGGAGGUUCUGUGGUGGUGCAUCGAGCUAGAGGAGGCCAGAGGCGUGCGCGAGUGGGUGUGCCUAGGUGGUGGGGGUUACGUACUGUGA